GCGGACAGCCGGACGCCGGGGUGGUGCUUCCAGAGGCUCCCCUCCAGGACCCUGCUCCAGGACCCUGCUCCAGGGCUCCAGAGACCCGGCACCGGCGUGGCCAGCACGCAGUCUGGUUCUGAUUCGCGAACUCGGAUAGCCACCCGCGCCCGCACUGCCCGCACCGCGCCCGCACUUCGACCAACGCGUUGCCAAAGCGACGACCUGCACGCAGACGAGGAGCACGCCCGACACGACAUGCUGACCGUGCUGCUUGUGGCGCUGGCGGCGGCCGCUGCCGCAUCGCCCGUCAACUACGGCGCCUACUACUCCGGCGGCUACCCGACGCCCGCGGCCACGCGGAGGGCGAGCUACGCGCCGCCGCCGGUGCAGCUGUGGUUCCUGUCCCCCGCCGACGUGGCCGAGCUCAUCUCCAGGGUGCCGCUGAGCAACUACCGCGAGGUGCCGCCCAACGCGCCCGUGGCCGUCGCGUCGCGGUACACUCCAGGGGAGCAGCACCUGCUCCGCAAGGAGGAGGUGGACGUCUCACAGUUCCACACCCAGGACGGCGCUGGGCGCGCGGUCUUCGGCUACAGCACGCCGGACCAGGUGCGCGUCGAGGCGCGCUCCGGGGACGGCCGCGUCAGGGGCUCCUACUCGUACCGCGACCCCACCGGCAAGAUCGUCAAGGUCAACUACUGGGAUGACGGCGACGGCUUCCACGUGGCGGGCAACACCCUGCCGACCGAGAACGACGUGCCCGAGCCCGUGACCGAGACGCCCGAGGUGGCGGCCGCGCGGCUGCAGCACGAGGCGAGCUACGCGCACGCCCUGCAGGCCGCCAUCCUGUCCGGCAACGGGGAUGAGUCGGACCAGACCCGCGUCGAGGGCCCCAGCGGCGACCUGCCGCCCGUGUACGACGCGGACGGCACCGAGCUGCGGCGCUACCCCGCGCCCCAGCACGCCUCCCUGUACGACCCCAGCCACCUGCACGACGCCGAGCGCGACGCCGUCAUCAUCAACAACCCCGACCUGGAGGCCGACUCGUUCAACGACGUGCAGCUGUUCCGAUCCGUGGGGUCGCGCGCCAGGGGCUACCACCCCAGGGUCCAGCACCCCCGGCACGGCAGCGGCGUCCGCGCGCGCAGGCAGCUCGAGCAGGACCAGCACGACCAGCAGGACGAGCAAAACCAGCAGCAGGACAAGAAGGACGGCUUCUUCUACAGUUUCCACUACCCCGCCCCGGUGCUCGUCGGCGUGCAGCCGCCGCCGUCCGCGAGCGACGGUCGCCUGGGCAGCGCGCCCGCCCCGGACCAGCAGUCCCUGUCGCUGUCGCAGCGCGCCGUGUUCUUCGGCGCCAUCCCCGUGGCGGCCGUGCACGACGCCCAGGUCGCCCCCGGCCAGGCGAGCGCCCGCGCCGACGCCGUGGAGUACGCCCGCAAGCCCGUGUACACCGAGCCGCAGGCGUAGUCCACCAGUGGAGUGGGGAGUGGGGGUGCGCUCGUUCGCGCGUCAAAUGCGCGCGCCGGCGCCAAAAGAGCCUUUAGCUUUUUGAAAGUUUGCGCCAGAGCGCGCAUUGUCUGCGGGCCGGGCUGCCCCCAAGGCUGCCCCCGUGCUUUCCUUAUUAACGGCGUUCCUGCGCGCUGCGACGCGCUGCCUCGCCAGUAAAGCAGAAGGCCAAGGGCUCUUUACUGGCCUCCGUAAAUCACAAACUUGGGGCCUGAUGGCGAGCCGGAGCCAAACUGAGACCGCGCAGCGAAGUUCAUCACUCAUCGCGAUCUUUGAGACUAAAACAUCAACACCAACAAAAACAACAACAAACGGUGCAUGGAUCGCGAUAAUUGCUUUGGUCCUCCUUCCUGGGAGCGACACCAUGCCAGGAAUGCACUGUGCAAGAUUAACUCCACUUCAAGCAAAUUGCUACAAAAAGAAGACAAAAAAAGAAAACUGUAUUAAGUGCCUGCGAGGAAUUAUUUUCGGGAGUGUGAAAAUCGUCGGAUGUCGACGAAUGUGAGAUGCUGUGAUCCAAUAAAAUUAAUUUAGCUCUAAG